GAGAGAGGUUGUCAUGCGUGAUUGGUGCAGCCUUAGAGGACUCUCCUGCAGGUAGUGUAUUAAAUGUGGUUUUGAGAGGACCAUCUCUAGCCAGCGAUGUGCAGGCUGUUUUAAGCUCUGACAACGCAUAUAACGCUGACGAGUUUUUGGAGGUGGUCUCUCAAGUUGUGCAGAGUAAUGACACGUUGCUGACAGAUGAUGAUCUGGAGUUUGUUGUGACUGUGGCACGGGGUAGUAGUGGUGGUGGUUCUAGACUGAGGCUAGGAAGCAUCCCUUAUGAUGAAAUUUUAUCUAAGAAGGGAAGGCACCUGUAUAACCCUGAAAACGACGGGUCUCAGAACAGUCUUUGUUUCUCUCUUUGUCUCGCCCAUUUUGUUAAUGAAAGCUUGUCUGCCACUGAUAAAAUGCAGUAUGCUAAACAACUGCAUAGCGCUGUAGGAUUUGAUGAAACCCACAAGGUGUCGCUCUCUGAUAUCACAAAAUUUGAACAUCACUUAAACAUAAAAAUCGUAGUAUUCCACCAUGGUUCAGGGCGUAAACACCUACAGUGUUACAAAACCCAUGACGCUGUACACGCCAGCACUGUGUGGAUGUACCUGCACAAUGACCAUUAUUACCUGAUUGUAAAUAAAACCGGUUUCUUUGGCGGGACCUAUGUGUGUGACUACUGUUACGGUUCAUACACAGAACCGUUUAAGCACGUUUGUAAAUACCUCUGCAAUGUUUGUUAUACACAGUGUCACAUGCACACAGGGGCCACUGUAAAAUGUACAGAGUGUAAACGAAUCUGCAAGUCCAGACACUGCUAUAAUCAGCAUAAACACCCUCACUCUAAACACGACGCAGCGCCGUGUGACAAAGUGAAAUAUUGUGAAGAGUGUGGUAAAACCUACAAUGCGGCAAGAACGCAGCAUAAAUGCAAGCCACCAAAGUGCACACACUGUGGCGAGGGCCUAAAUGAGAGCGAUGCUGUACACCAAUGUUUUAUCCAGCCGCUGAAAAAACAAAACCCACACACAAAAUACAUAUUUUUUGAUUUUGAGACACGUUAUCACGAGGGCAAGCACGAAGCAAACUUUGUGUGUGCUAUGGACACAGAGGAAACAAAUUUUGUUUCAACACCCUGAAAUGCGUUGACACGUUUGUUAAACGGUACCGGCAGCCAAAAUAUAAGGGGUACACAUUUAUUGCACACAACGCCUCUGGGUUUGAUAAUUACAUACUGCUGGAAUAUUUUGUGCAACAGGGGAUCCCUCCCACAGUAACCAUGUGUGGCAGUAGGGUCAUCCUGAUGUAUGACAAGGCGUUCCAGCAACGCUGGAUCGAUUCUUUCAGCUUUCUACCCAUGCGUUUAUCCAGGACACCGGCUGCCAUGGGUUUUGAGGACAUGGAGAAGGGGUAUUUUCCGCACAAGUUCAACACCAGGGCGAACGAGUACUAUGUGGGGAAAUACCCCGACCCCUCUUAUUACGGGUACAACACCAUGUCUGACAGCGACAAGCAUAGGUUUAUGAUCUGGUAUGACACCGUCCGUGAGAAAACCUUUGAUUUCCAGACAGAAAUUCGCCACUACUGUGUUAAUGAUGUAGAAGUGCUUCGCAAGGCCUGUCUAAUUUAUCGUGAGACAUUUAUCAGGUGCACAGACCUCGACCCGUUCGCGUUCACGACACUGGCGUCGAGUUGCAUGGGCGUUUUCAAAACGCGUUUUCUACCCAAAGACACCCUUGCCCUCACGUAUGAAGGCGCAUACACACGGCAGAAUAAAACCUAUUCUGAGGUGUCUAUGCAGUGGCUGGAAUACAUGGCCAGGGUAGAAGGCUCCGAGAUUAGACACGCUUUGAACCACGGUGAGCAACAAUUUGGGCAGUUUUUUGUGGAUGGGUAUAACAGGGCCACAAACACAUGCUACGAGUUUGCGGGAUGCUUUUUUCACGGACGUGUGCUGAGGAGUUAAACCAGACCAGUGUCUGUGCGCAUACUGACGCCGAGCGACAGCUGUCAGGUGUGUGGGUCUCGUUUGAACUUCAGAAGGCUGUCGAGAAGGGGUACCAGAUUGUCUGCAUUGAUGAAGUGUGGCAUUUCCCAAACAAGACAGACACCUUGUUCAAGGAAUAUGUCAAGACGUUUUUGAAGUGUAAGCAGGAGGCGUCAGGCUACCCCGGGCAUGUCAUUACUCCUGCAGAGAAAGCCCAGUACAUACGUGACUACCAUGAAAAGGAGGGGAUUUUACUCGAUGCUGACAAAAU